CAAAAUGGCAGAAGUGGUUGAGUGCGAGUUUCCAGUGUGGGGCCUCUUACCCAAGAAAGAGACCGGGGUGACUGCAUUUUUAACUAAAUAUCCAGAGUAUGAUGGACGAGGAGUUACAAUAGCCAUUUUUGAUUCAGGUGUUGACCCAGGAGCACCAGGUUUACAGGUGACAAGUGAAGGAAAGCCAAAAGUGAUAGAACGUUUCGACUGCAGCGGAGCUGGUGACGUAGACACGUCUACUGUUGUGCAGGCGAAGGAUGGGGAGAUUCAGGGUCUGUCUGGACGCAGACUAAAGGUAUCUCUUAGUCUGCUUUAUGCCAUUGAUCCUGUAAGGAACAUUUCAGAAAUAAGUGCACCGUCUCCAAAAAUUUUGUUAAACAAUACCAUUUGCAAAACCAAUGUGUGGAUGGGAAGAACAGGGGACUUCCAUGUUGGUAUUAAAAAUGGUUUUGAUCUCUAUCCUGCGAAACUGAAAGAAAGAAUUGAGAGCGAGAGGAAGGAGAAGCUGUGGGAUCCUGGCCACAAGUCCGCCUUGGCCGAAGCCUCUAGGAAACUGCAAGAAUUUGAAGUUAAGAGCCCGCAGCCAACAACUGCCAGUGACAAACUUCAGAAGGAAGAGCUAGAGACCCAAGUUGAGAUUCUGACGUCUCUAGACAAGAAUCAUAGCGAUGUGGGACCAGCUUAUGACUGCGUUGUGUUCCAUGAUGGGCAGAUGUGGCGGGCAUGUGUGGAUACCUCGCUGUCCGGUGACUUGUCAAGUUGCCACCUGCUUGGGGAGUACAGUCUGACCCAAGAGUUUGCGACUCUCACCAAGUCAGACCAGUUGACCUACAGUAUUAACGUUCACAAUGAUGGAAACACGCUUGAAGUUGUUAGCAUGUGCUCAAGCCAUGGUACUCACGUUGCCUCGAUAGCCGCCGCGUACUUCCCUGACAGUCCUGAAAGGAACGGAGUCGCUCCCGGCGCGCAGAUAGUAUCAUUAACGAUAGGUGACAAUCGGUUGGGCUCCAUGGAAACUGGCACAGCUCUGGUGCGAGCAAUGAUUCGAGUGAUGCAGCAGUCGGAAACAAAUAAAAUCCAUGUCAUUAAUAUGAGCUAUGGGGAACACGCACAUUUUUCUAGUUCUGGGCGGAUCGGGGAGCUGAUGAAUGAGGUGAUCAACAAGUAUGGUGUUGUUUGGGUCGCCUCAGCGGGAAACCACGGCCCUGCACUUUGUACCAUCGGAAGUCCUCCUGAUAUUAGUACCAACAGCGUCAUAGGUGUAGGAGCAUAUGUGUCCCCAGACAUGAUGGUGGCAGAGUACUCCCUGCGACAGAAACUCCAGGGUAUGCCAUAUACUUGGACGUCAAGAGGCCCCACUAUAGAUGGGGAGUAUGGCGUCACUGUGUGUGCCCCUGGAGGUGCUAUUACAUCUGUGCCCAAGUUCACCUUGCGUAACUGCCAGCUCAUGAAUGGCACUAGCAUGGCUUCGCCUCAUGUUUGUGGAGCUGUAGCUGUUUUGUUGUGUGGCCUUGAGAAGAAGUCACUACGAUAUUCUCCAUAUAGCGUGAAGAGGGCUUUGGAGAACACGGCAUUGUACCUUGAAACAAUUGACUUUUUUGCCCAGGGCCGUGGACUACUGCAGGUCGAGAAAGCAUUUGAACACCUGACAACAUACCAUGACCAACCAGAGCGAGAUAUAAGGUUCCAGGUGACGUGCGGUCCAAACAACAACAAAGGCAUCCAUCUGCGCGGAGGUUUGCAAGAUAGAAUUAAAGACUGCACUGUUAGCGUCGAGCCGUUCUUCACUGAUCCUGACAACACAGCAAGGAAUGUAUUUAACCAUGUACCUGCUGUUAUUUUUAAUAUCUUUUGCAGUAUUAAGGCUUACGAUGUAUCAUGCGUGGAGAAGGGCCCCGUGUUUCGCGUACCCAUCACUGUUGUUCGUCCCACACAGUUGCCCCGUGAACUGCUUCGGCCAGAACUCAGUUUCCGUAAUGUAGUAUUUAAACCUAACACUAUGCAUCGUCACUUUAUCUUGGUACCUGAUGAGGCCACAUGGGCAGUUUUGCAGCUGCAGUGUGUCGAGAAGGAUAAAUCUGGACGGUUUGUGCUACACUGCCUGCAACUGCGUCCAAAUAUGGUGUGCAAAACACUUGAAUGUCACAAGAUGGUCAACGUCAGCUCACAGAGUGAAGUCAUCCAGGGUUUCCCCGUUCGGGGUGGCCUGGUGUUGGAGGUGGUUGUGGCAAAGUAUUGGGCAAACCUUGGGGAGGUGGUGCUGGACUACUCGUUGGCAUUCCACGGCGUUAAGUCAGAGAGCCCCAGUAUAACGAUGCAAGGUGCCGAUGGUAUCUUGUCCUUGGAACUCCGUAGCGGCUUGAGGAGUGAAGAGAUCGCGCCCGUCGUGACACUCAAGAACACAGUCCAAGUUAUAAGGCCUACAGAUUCGAAGGUCAGCCCUCUGUCUGCACGAGAUGUUAUUCCUCCAUCUAGACAGAUCUACGAACUGCAGUUUACGUAUAACUUCCAUAUUUCCAAAGCCACUGAGGUGACGCCCAACAGCCCUGUACUCAGUGACCUGCUGUAUGAAUCGGAGUUUGAGUCGCAGCUUUGGAUGCUAUUCAACUGCAACAAGCAGCUCCUGGCAGCGGGAGAUGCCUAUCCAUCUAAAUAUAUGGCCAAAGUUGAUAAAGGAGACUACGUCUUGAAGCUCCACGUGCGACAUGAGAGAAAGGAUCUGCUAGAUAAAAUGCUGGACCAACCCCUGCUUCUGAGUCAGAAACUGCCCGCUGCGCUUACUCUGGACGUGUAUGCCAGCCAGACUCAGGCAACGACGGGCGGCAAGAAAAUGAUGGGGGCGACUCUCCCGCAGGGGCACAUCGUGCCCAUCUACAUAGCCCCACUCUCAAACGAUAAAGCCAGUAAAGGGGUAACAGUGGGGCAGUUCUUGUCUGGAACGAUCAGCUAUGCGAAGGAUGAAAUUGGCAAGAAAGUGGAUGUGUAUCCAUUCAAGUAUGUAUUAACCGAGGCACCUAAGAAGUCUUCCAAUACGAAGUUGUCAGAUACGAAGGACAAAGAAAAGACGAAAUGGGAUGAGUACAAUGAAGUAAUAAGGGACUUGAGGACUAGUUGGCUGGCAAAGCUCGAUCCAGAUGAACAGGCUACUUCUCUGUAUGAUGAACUGAAGAAACUGUACCCCGAUCACCUCGCGGUACACACUGCCAUGCUUCAGUGCCUGGAGUCGAACGAACCCAAGAAGCAGCUCCCAUUCAUAGAAAAUGUGAACAUAUCUGAUAACUCUGUCAGUGCCAUGGCCAACCAGAUCAUCGAUAUAGCAGAGAUGGUCAUAAACAAUGUUGAUCAGACUCGACUCCUUGCUUAUUUUGGCACAAAGACGGAUCAAAAGCCGGAUGCAGCAAAGACUAAGAUCUUAAUGGAGCGCCAGAAGACGGCACUUGUGGAAGCUCUGUCCAGAAAGGGUUCGGCUUUGUGUCGUCUUUAUGCCAUUACCAACGCGACGGGCUCUAAAGCUGGAGACGGUGAUGGGCAGGAACAGCUUUCAACUGUUGGUGCAUCUGCAAUUUCGCUUGACAGUAUUGACAAUGUGUGGAGAGAUGUGCUCAAAUUCACAGAUACUAAUGAUACUAAGGUGUUCUACUUCUUGCUGUGGCAUGCCGUUGUGCACCAGCACUGGGGUCGUGUCCUCAAGAUCCUCGUCAAGAUGGGGGAGGACAAGCCUUCCCGCGAACUAGAUGAGAAGGGCGCGGAGGCUGGCCGCAAGCUAGGUUGGAAGCACUAUGUCCAUCACAUCGAGUCUUCGCUGCUCGUCAGGUACCCUCCGGCAUACCGACCUUUCUGAUAACACGGUAGGAUAUUGCGACCAAUUCUUUGAAGAUCAUUACUGACUUUCUACCUCCGAAGUAGACGAUGCGUAAGUGCAGUCAUACCAUUUUCCAUUAUAUGGGCUACAUUUGUGGAUGCAGAAGAAAAAUAUAGAGGUUAAUUUAGCAAAUUUUAAAACAUAAGAAUAUAAAUUGUACUGUGUGUACAUUUGUGGAUGAGUGUUCAUUGAUUAAGGCGAAGGAUGUUCUGAAUGUCUGUCCAUGUUUCUUUUUUAUUUUUGUUUACAAUGAAAUGUAUUAAACAUUGGUGUGUAUUUUUGUUGGAUUUUGCUAAAAUGUACAUGUUGGAUAUUGUCCAUUUGCUUUGUAAUAGUCUGUAUUGCUUUAUUCUUUAUGCCUGAUAAUUGUUUAGGUUGAAUAUAUGCAAGGUUUGGUGUACUGAAUGAAAUCAUCCAGAAAUUCUGUUAGCAGUAUAUUUAUAUAUUCAUCAUAGCUGCCCCACUUCAGUACAUGACUUUCAAUGGCAAAAUGUCAUAUGUGUAGCUAAGUUUAAAAUUAAUUUUAUUCAGGCUUGGUGUUAUAAGUACUGGAGCAUGAUGCUUUUGCACAUUUUUCAAAUCUUUAACUGGAGACUGGCUCUCCUGACUGAAAUUUGUCACGGGCUUCCUCAGUGUUUUCAGUAAAUGCUGAGACCAUACCUUGAAUUGGGCCAUGACUGCUUCCUUCCAUGUCCUUUCCCGAUAUUCAUUAAUCAUCCCUUAAUUUGAUGCUGUGAGUGUCAUUAAGUAAACUACAGAUAAAUCAUUACAGAAAUAAAAAACAAAAAUUACUGAUUUAUGAAUGUCCAUUGUCCGUGAAACAUGGAACAGCACGUAAUGCAAUGUAGCGUCUGCGCAGCAAAGUAGAAAUCAAGCUAUACAUCACGUCAUCCCUGGUGGAGGCGGAGGAUCUUUCUUCUAGCCGCUGCAUCCAGACCGGCUCCGGGGCCCGCCGAGCCCCCUGUCUAGUGGGUACCGGGGUCCUUUCCUGGGGGUUAAGCAGGACCAGUGCGUGACACUGGACCACUAACCCCCAUCUAGUGCUGGCGUCAAGAAUGAGUAGGAGCUAUACCGACUCUCCCCCCAAGCUCCUACGUGGCGUAUAGUAGGGCAGCUUUAGUUUACUUUACUUUUUAUACACAUUCUUUUUCACUGUUUAGCUUCCAGUUUUCUCAGUUUAUGAAUUACAUUACACUCCUCAUAUGCUUGAUGGAGAGAAGACAAUGGGUAUGGAGAAAACUGCAUAAUAAUGAGCUUAAAAAUUUGUACUCCUCCCCCAAUAUUGUAAGGGUGAAUAAGUCGAGAAAAAUGAGAUGGGCGGGGCGUGAGCAAGCAAUGUGCUGCUGCUGGACAGGCAAGAUGAACUUGGUGAGCUUGCAAUGGAUACUUAUCAAACGACAAAUAACGUACUGCCCAGUAAUUUACCUAGAUUUUAGACUCUAAAAUGGUUCAGUGUUGUAUAAAGCUUUUAUUCUGAAGUGAAUCACAUUGUAAUGGAACCUCUUAUGUUUGUAACGAUAAUAAUUGCAUACAACAUUUUAGUCAGCAGAUCUCAAUGGAAGAGGCUACUUGGGAGACCUAGGGCUAUGUAUAAGGAUAAUAUUAAAGUGAUUCUUAAAGAGAAUACAUAUAAAAAUGAGAACUGAAUUCAGAUGGCUCAGGAGACGGUCCAAUGUUAUGCUUUUGUGAACACACAAGUAAACCUGUGAGUUGUGUAAAACCUGGAAAUUUAUUGACCAGGUGAAUGACUGAUUUGCUCAAGGAAAACCCGGUACAAUGUAGUUUGCUGUUAGUAGCAGUAAUAUAACUUUCCCUGUCUUGGUUCUACACAUUUGUCAAACACAAGGUGGUCAGAAAUUAGGGAUCAGUGAUUGCAGGCCCCUUCUAGCAGUCUGACCACGGUAGUGGAAUUCAGUGUUGCCAACUAUAUUUCAAUGCUGCAAACAUGUUUAAACACUUUGAUGUCAUAUUCUAUAAUAAAUUUCAGCCCAUCCUCUUAGUUUAUUUGGUGGCAAUGAUGUCAGGUUUACGUGUGAAUGACUAAUGUUGCAGUCUUAAACAAAUGAUUCUGAGAUUUUACCAGUCCUUGAAAAUCAAGAAUACAUUUCCCCUCUAAAAUUGUUUCUUGAGAAUUUCCCCACUUCCACAUACCAUCUGCAGUCAUGCCCAGAUUUAUUAAACAUUUCACAAGUUUUUUCCCCUAAAAAUAUUAUAUAUGUGAUUUGAGGUUUUCAUGGCAGUGAAGAUUGGAAAUGUGGUCUUAUAGAUUGUGGCAUUAAUAUUGUGGGUUGUUACCAGUGUUCACAAGAGCCUGCCACUGGUACCUGUCUUCAGCCAGAUAAAUCCAAUCCACCCAAUUUUCCACAGUGUAUAUUAUGCUCGUUUCAUUUUACAAACCAAUUUUCAAGAGGGGCUCAGUCUUCAAGGCUGAAUAUUAUCGUCCAUGUCUUACCAGUUACGGGCUGUGUUACAAGUUAACCUCCCGACUAAAUACACUGUAUAAAACAUUUUAUGAAAUUAUUGUUUCUUGAAUGAUAACAGUAUGAUUAAACCAUGAAAACCAUAUUCUGAAUUUUUUAUCAAGUCCUUGAAUGUCUGGUACAUAUUUAAAAAAUAUAUAUUACUAACAUUGCUAAAGAAAACUAGAGAAAAUAUUGAUCAACAGACAUUAAUUAAUUUGCCUUAUCUUCUUUUUCUUCUUCACAGAUGAAACUCUUUUAUCCAUUCUGAUUCCAAAUACCAUUCUUAAGAUUACAUUUUAAAAUAUAACAUUGAUCUAUCCAAUACAAUAAAGAUGUCCAUAGUCCAUCCUUCCUUUUAAUUGUCAUUCAUAGAACAAUUAGAUUUUGAGUUUUGUGAAAUUAUUACAAUUAUUAUACACAUUAAUCUUCAUAUAUUACAAUCAAUUGCCCUGGUCAUGUGUUGAAAUCUACCAAGAGGUGCCUAAUGAGACAUCUCAUUUGCUGCAGUUAACCAUAAACAAAUGAACACGCCAAGCAUUAUUUAUAAGUGUGUAGUUGUGCAAUGCAGAUUAUUUGUAUAACCAUAUGUAACUCGUGUACAUGAAGCUAGCAUAAUUGUCUUAAUGAAUAUUAGUAGAUUAAAGUCAAUGUUACAGUUUCUAUCUUACUUCAUUGUUGUGAAUUAUACAAAAAUAUAAACUAUCCAAUUAA